AUGCGAUCUUCGGGGGGACAGUUUUCGCCCUAUGAAUGGACCGAAGGACGCGGCAGAGGCUUUCGGUCAGCGGACAGGUUCGCCAUUGAUAGAAGGAUUGAUCGCGGUCAGAACAAUAGAUCAUUGCAUGACAAAAAAGCGUCAGUGGAUCCAGGAAGUUUGGCCAACAUUAUACAAUGGAGAGUAUUGGAGCAAGCUAAAGUCAUCGGAAGCAUCAUUACGGCCACAAAACUCCUCGCCAAAUUCAACCUUGCGAGUGUGAUAACCCGAGGAGAAAUCUUGUUACCCACGAAUGCCGAGUGGGUGAUGAAAACGGCUCUUUUUGAAGUGGUAGAUGGUGACGUGGGAUAUAAUAUUAUUCUGGGAAGACCAUGGUUGCACGAGAUGAGAGUUGAACCGUCAACGUAUCAUCAGUUGUUGAAAUUUCCAACGCCUGAGGGAAUCAAACAGAUAAGGGACGAUCAACCGACAGCAAGGGAGAUGAAUGCAAUUUUGAUUUCCAAUAGCAAAGGGAAGGAACACGCGGUAUAA